AGCAGAAGAACUCCACAGCAUCAGUGCACUACUACUACUACGACUACUACUACAACAACAACUACUACAGUUCAUCUUGAAGAACACCCCUAAAUUUGAAGAUGAAAACUGUUGUGAUUUUUCUCCUUUUUGCUGUCGCAUUGACAGCCACAGCCGCCCCAGCAGAAGAGGCUCCUGUGCAAAAAGUGGAACUGAAAGAGGAGCCUAAACCAGCAGCUUCAGUUGAAGUUCUAGUAGAGGAGGUGGAGGUGAAGGAGGAGGCUACACCAGAAGCUGAUCAAGCCCUUCCUCCACUGGCCCCUGAAGUCCACUCACAAUAUUGCCUUCCUGAUUGGGAGUUUUUUCGUGGAAACUGUUACUACAUGAACAGAAACUUCAACUCUUGGAGCGACGCCGUGAGUUACUGUGCAAACUUCGGGGGGACUUUGGCAGCUGUGCACAACCCUCUGGAGUAUAACCACCUCCAGUACAUGGUGGGCAGAGCAGGCUUCGCCAACGCCUGGAUUGGAGGGUACCACUUUGAGAGCUCUUGGCGGUGGCAGGACGGCUCUUACUUCGACUAUUACAACUUCAUAAGCGGAGGCUCCGGUACAACCCACAAGUGUCUGACGAUGAACUCUCAGACUGGUCAAGGCUGGUUCAGUUCAAACUGCCUCUUCGCUGUUCCCUCAAUCUGUCAGAUAAAAGUGCAGUGUUAAAAUCAUAGACUGAAUAUUUACAUGUUUAUGGAGUCUGUGGUUAAAAUCCACUUGUUUUGAUGAUGUCAUGAUGAUACUGGAUGUUACUGUUUUCAAAUAAAAUUAUUAUAACUUGUAAA